AUGAAUCCCGGUUACAAUCCAGGGAAUGUAAAUCAUAUAGCAUCGCAUUCAAAUAGGACAAAAAAUGGAGUUCCAACGAUUCCCCAACCAGCGUUGAUGGCUCUGAAUGCCAUAUUAACUAUAGGACCAUAUAAACACAGAAAAGAUUUAAUAAGAGAAUCAGUGCUAAGUAAAUAUCAAAUCAUUGGUUAUAUUGCAGCGGGAACUUAUGGUAAAGUUUAUAAAGCUAAGUCUAAAACGAAUGGAAAUCUGAAUUCCAAUUCUGCAUUGAUGAAUGAUAAUGUGAUAAGCAUAGGGAAUAACCAGAAGGAAACUGGACCCCAAAAGACAAAUAAUGAAAUGACGGAGGAUAAAAACCAACUAUUUGCCAUUAAAAAAUUUAAAAGUGAUAAUCAUCUGAAUAAGAAUAACCAUGAUAUCAACGGAAAUGAGGUUAUUCAUUAUACGGGUAUAUCACAAUCAGCCAUCAGAGAAAUGUCGCUUUGUCGGGAAUUAAGCAAUAAGAAUAUAACUAAGGUUGUAGAUAUAUUACUAGAGAAUAAAUCUAUCUAUAUGGUAUUUGAAUACUGUGAACAUGAUUUAUUGCAAAUCAUUCAGUAUCAUUCGCAUCCUGACGUUAAACCAAUACCUGACUUUACAAUCAAAUCAAUAACGUGGCAGAUAUUAAAUGGUGUAACCUUCUUACACAAGAACUGGAUAUUUCAUAGAGAUUUGAAGCCUGCCAAUAUUAUGGUGUCAAGUUCAGGAGUGGUGAAGAUCGGUGAUUUGGGUUUAGCAAGAAAAUUUAAUAACCCUUUGCAAAGUCUCUACACUGGAGACAAGGUAGUUGUGACAAUUUGGUAUAGAGCGCCUGAACUAUUAUUGGGUGCUAGACAUUAUACGCCUUCAAUUGAUUUAUGGGCGGUUGGAUGCAUAUUAGCCGAGUUGUUGUCAUUACGGCCUAUAUUUAAGGGUGAAGAAGCAAAGAUAGACAUGAAUAAUAGGAAGCUGGUUCCAUUUCAAAAGAAUCAAUUGCAAAAGAUUAUUGAGAUAUUAGGGACCCCUACGACCAGAACUUGGCCCACAAUCACGAAAUACCCAGAGUAUUCAGCAUUCCAACAGCAUUUCACUACUACAUACCCACAGAACUUAACUAGUUGGUACAAGCUUAUUGGGAGAACCAACAAACAAUGUUUAAAUUUGCUAAAAUGCUUAUUAGAAUAUGAUCCAACUAUACGUAUAACUGCUGAUGAUGGGCUAACUCAUGCAUUCUUUUUAGAGUUACCUAAAAUGAGUGAAAAUGCAUUUGAAGGAUUAAAUCAAAAAUAUCCAAAGAGAAGGAUUUAUACACAUGAAAACGAUAUUAUGUCGAACCUGCAACAUGGCAACAAAAGACACGGUUAUGAUGACAACAUGACGAGAAAGAGACAGAGGUAA